CAACCAAUCAGAUGGGCGCAUACUAGGUGUGCGUAAUUUGAGUUUUUUCUAUAUUUAUGCUUGAUUGCUUCCUCAAAUGUCCCUACGGCCGGUCAGUUUUCUGGAGAGGCAUUUUUUUAAAAGAACGGAAUUCAAUGUGCAUGAGAAAUUCGAGAGUAGAACCUAUAUUUUUGUUGUCAUGUGGCUCCUUCAAUCCAGUCACUGUGAUGCACAUGAGAAUGAUGGAGUUAGCUAGAGAUAAGAUUGAAGAAUCAUAUUUACCAACAAAGCCGCUAUCGAAAGAUUCGUAUGAGGCAGAAUGUACAAACAAGACAGUAACAAAUCCUGGUCACAGAAAAGUUGUUGUCGGUGGUAUAUUUAGUCCUGUGUCAGAUUUAUAUGGUAAGAAAGGUCUUCUCCCUGCUUCUGUACGCGUUGAACUUACACGUCUGGCUUGUAAUUCCGCAUCAGAUUGGCUGACUGUCAGUAACUGGGAAUGCUGUCAACCAAAUUGGUCAAGAACUCGCGUGGUCUUAGAUCAUAUUCAGACUGCACUGGAAAGUGUGUAUUCGGAUUUGUGUAACAGUAAUGCCGCUGAGUGUAUUUCAAUCUUGAAAAAUAAACCAUAUGUAGAAAGUGAUUCAUACGAUGUUAACCAUUUGGUUGUCAAGGUUGAUGAACAAGUGAAAAAAUCAUCACUAGAAGGUAUGUCAACCAACAGUUGGCUUAGGAAUUGCUUAAUGAGCAUUGAACCCCCUGAGAACAAUUAUAAUUCAGAAUGCACUGGGAACCAGUCGUAUACUAAUGAUUAUGAAAACAACAAUUCCUCCACAUUUUCCUCUUAUGAGAAGUGUGAUUACAGACUCAAAAGUGAAUCAACUAAAUUUUGGCUGUCAAAGCCUCACGUGAAAUUCGUAUGUGGUAGUGAUCUUCUUCAGUCGUUUUCAACUCCCAAUUUAUGGGCACUGGAUGACCUUGAGACAAUUAUUGGAAAAUACGGUGUGGUUUGCAUAGCUCGACCGUCAUAUGAUGCUACGAAGAUCAUCCAUGAAUCAGAAAUCCUACACAAAUACAAGACUAGUUACUUCUCAGAAAGACUUACACAAUCACAAAGCCUUUGUUGUCCUUCUAGGUUUUCAUACUGAAACCUGCGCUGAAGAUGGUGUUUUGAAGGACGACGGAGGCUUUGGAAUUAAAUCAACCAGCUCAGAUAACACAAAUCAAAAUCACUCACCUGAGCUACAAAUCUUCCCCAUUAUUUCAAAGACUGACAUACUUAUAAACGUCGCAGUCUUUACUUUGUACUCCGUUAGAGAAACCAAAUGCCGGAUAGAACACUUACCAGUUAUUUAGCCGUAGUAGAAAACCAUUUGUUUAUUAGCUAGACAUUCUACUUCACUUAGUGCUCAGAACCAAAUAAUCACCUCACUUGGAGAAAAUUUAGCAGUUUUUCUGCAGUAAUAGUAAAUAGGGAGGAACAAGUAUAUGCACAUGAGAAUGUUCUCGUCAUUUGAUUCACUGGUAUACGGUUUACCAAACAGUCUUCUUAUUAAUGCUGAAAUAAUCAUACCAUAGUGUUUGUCAUAAAAUUCAUCACUUCUUGGUGUAUUUCAAUAAACACAGGAUAAUAUUGAGUUCGUGACAGAUGGCUGUCAAAAUUCACUUAGUUCCACCUUAGUACGCGCAGCGCUAUGUCAUGGGAAAAGUGUUCGUUAUCUUGUGCCAGAAUGUACUUUAGAAUACAUCUAUACUCAUAACUUAUACGGUGCUAAAAGAAGAAAUGUUGGUCUACGCAAUCGGUGUGAAUAAACUUCAACUUGCCAUUUCAACAGUAUUAACAAUAUUACUUUUGCUUUUAAAAUGCUGAUAAUUAAUUGGGAAUUGAAUCCAUAAUAUCUUUUCUUACUACCUGAACAUAAUUUUUGAGAAUUUUUAAUUUUAUUUGGUAAUGCUACUUUCGUAUAAUUCUGUCUAAUUGUUUUAGCCUAUAAUUAUGACGAUAUCAGAAACAUUUUUGAUAAUAAAAGCCGUGAUUUCGCAAUCGACUUUUCCGUUUGUUAAAAGAGGAGUUAUUACUAGAAGUUACUUCAUAAAAAUGUUAUAUUUUCGUUUAUACGGUGAUAAUAAUAAUAAUAGGUUUAUCCCGGAAUUUACGUCUGAACACAAUAUAGGAUUCUCGGUGUAAUUUCCUGCAGAAUAUUUACUCCCUGUGUAGAAUCUUCAGGUAAAUAAUACUCAUUGACAGUAUAUCACAUGAUGCAAUGUCAUUUUACCUGAAACAAGACUCAAUUCUCUAUGACAUUUUCUUCUUUAAGUGCACAGCAGUAGGUUGGAAGCCAAUUAAAAAUUUGUGA